CACACACACACACAUACGCUCACACGAACACACACACGCACACACACAACGGACACACGCAAAGCACAUCCACAAACAACAACAACAAACACACCCCCGACCACAUCCACACACAGGCCAAGACGCUGUGACAUGACAUGAAGUGGCGUGACUUGUUUGAAACGCCCUUCCCUUUGUCCAUGGUAGUGAACUAGCUGCAACCGAGACUUGACCCAGGCAACAGCAUCAGCAACAAGCAAGAACAGGCUAGCAAUCGCAGAAGUCAAGCAGCGACAGCAACAGCUUCAUCACUCGAAGACCCACAAACGCAGGACGACUGAAACGCAAUCAAGCAAACGCACAGCACACAAGGACGCACACACACACAUAUACACGUGCGUCUUGCGUGACUUUGCCAGUGCGUGACACAAUCUCUCAAAGUCACAUUCGACAUAGUCAGCUGCUUGUGCACACCUGUCACAUACACGUACACAUGCACGCGCUGACUCCCCUCUGCCGACAUGCUCGGCAGGGUUACGUGCUGCGGGGGUGCCGGGCGCUUUGUCGUGUUGCUGCUCUUAGCCAGCACACGUGGGCACGCACAACCAAGACCGCAAUCAUCUCCAACAGCCAAAAUGGAGCAAGACAAUGGAGCAUGACAUGCGCAGCUGUCACUGCGCGGCUGCCGGAGCGCACCAGCACCUUCGCCUCUCGCUCGUACACCACAACCAAUACCUCCGCGCCAGAAACCUCGCCAGCCACCACAACCAAGCGUGUGUCUGCUCCAACCGAGAACCACAGCCACAGCCACAAAGCAGCUCACGUAAGCCGUGCAGCCCUCGGUGCGACUGUGCCCUCCAAGCACACACCCAAGGGUGAUGGUGAUGGUGAUGGCGAUGGUGAUGGUGGUGCGGCGCGACCAACACCGGCAGUGUCACGCAGCUCGUCAGUUGGCUUUGCGAAACUGGGCCUCAACGCGUUACUAGCAGCGCCCUUGGCUGAAUGGAACAUCAUCACCCCUACGGACGUGCAGGCAAAAGGCUGGAAGCCCAUCUCGUUUGGUAACAACACGCUACUCGCAGCCCACACGGGCACCGGCAAGACGCUGGCGUACGCCCUGCCCAUAGUGCAGCGGUACAUCGACAACGACCUCACCUUCCCCAGGUACUCCACAUUGUGCCUCGUCCCAACGCGGGAGCUUGCCGUCCAGGUGCACAGCGUGUUUGUAGCUCUGCUCUCCGCCGUCGUUGGCGACAAGGCAUCCCAGCACGUCCAUUGCGUGGUCAAGGGUAUCGAAAACUCAACACCAAAGAAGCAGCUGCGAAAGCUCAAGCGAGAGAACCCACCCAUCAUCAUCGCCACCCCUGCUCGCUUCCUGGAGCUGCUGGAGAAGCAUCCGAUUGCAGACGAAGUGGAGACAGUCGUCCUGGAUGAAGCCGACAAGCUGCUGGAUCCGCUCUCGCGUUACGCCUCUCCAAAGCAGAAGCAGAACCGCGAGCGACACCCCCGCCCAACAACAACAAUCAUGGACCUGAUUGUGUACCGCCGGAAGUUUGGUCCGGGCGAAGACAGAAGGCCAUAUCGGCAGAUGGCACAGCGUCCACAGGUCAUCUGCGCCUCGGCCAGCCUCACCACCAGGGUCAAGCGAGAGCUUGUGCAGCGCGGGUGGUGUGCGCCCCAGUCCAUCACUACUGUGUCGUUGACAGAUGGCCAAACGUUGCCCGACAAUCUGCAGCAUUUCGUCGUCAACGAUGCCGUCUGUGCCAAGUUUGACAUGCCAUAUAUCGGUGCCGGCUCCACUGCAUCCCAGGCGGACUGCCUGUUUGCGCAGCUGGAGUGGACACUGUCCGCCCUGGCGCCAGCGACGGCGCUGGUGUUUGUGCCGACAUCUGUCCCUGUCAAGGACACGACAAACCGCAUUGCACAGUUCCGCGCCCGCACGCGCACCGCUGUCGACGCCAUUGCCGUAUACGAGCACGUGCAUGCGGCCACCAGCCCUGCCGAUGCCGCACAGCGCAGGGAGGACCUGCUUGCGCGGUUUGCAUCCGCGACGCCGGAGCGCCCUGUUGUGGGCGUGGCCAACAUGGACGCGAUUCGAGGACUGGACAUCCCAAACGUCGAGCUGGCAUGCAUCGUGGGCACCCCCCGCACACACGUGGACUAUCUGCACAUUGCCGGGCGCGUUGGGCGCGGGAACAGGCAGGGCACGGUGGUGGUGUUUGCAUAUGACGAGCAGCAGCAGAAGCGCGUGGACCAGAUGGCGCGCAAGCUGCGCAUCUCCAUUCCGCAACUCAGCCCGACCAACGGUGGCCCGGGCAUUGCUGGCGGUGCAGGUGACGAUGGUGCUGGUGCAGACACGAAUCACGCGGCUGGCAGCAAUUUGUCCUCACCACCAACCGACACCCCGACGCAGCGGCGAUGAUGAUUUCAUGCGCUUGCGUGCGCUUGUUUGCACGUGUGCGUUUGUGUUGACAUGGGCGGGUGUUUGCAUGCAUAUGCAUACAUGCGGAUUUAGAUGGACCUAGGCCCCUUUCGAUUGACGAGAUGACGUUAUGUAAAUUACACCUCACUCAACACGAGUCAGGGUAACAAGCGACACAUCACAACUUGACAUGAUUGCGUGCGGGCUUGCAAAGUACAUAUUUUGUGUGUGUCUGUGUGUGUGUGUCUGUGUGUGUGUGUCUGU